AUAAUAAGGAACGCACGACACAAAUGCCGCGCCGCGUGGUAGGUAUUACGCUAUAGUGCAGUGAUGCAGCGUCGCAGCGACACAUACGAGAACACAGCCAGAUAGUUGUGAUUGUGAGUUGUGACUGUGAGGCUUGGUUAGACUCGUCAACGUUGUCAUCGCGUUCGCGUUUAAAAAUAAGAUCGUAUAUUUGCGCAGUCCAAGGCUCUAAACUUAGAAUUAUCAUCGGCCAUUGCAUGCCGUUGAUUUGCCCCGUAAAUUGUUUACUUAUUCGUGUCUUUCAACAAGUAUUCGUAAUGUGUUGGUUAUAACGUGUCUUUUUUUGAAAUAGUAUUCUACGCACCUACACGUGUAGUCACACAGCGUAUUUGCAGCAGUAUCGGUAGGACUUAUACGUACGCUAGAUAUAAUUGUUGAUCUAGUUCCUGUUUGUGUGUUAUUGUCAAUUAUAGUGAUCACAGCAAUGGCUUAUUGCGAUGACAUGUUUCAAGAAUCAUUCUGUCGUGCGCAUGGAUUUCAUGCACUGACGUAACGAUUUGAGUGUAGAAAAUUGAACUUUGUUCGAUACUUGCGCUAUAUGUUUCUCGUGCGCGCCGAAACUUACAAUUUUAUUUUUUAUUUUACUAUUUGACCAUUCAUUAAUAAUUGCUUCUCUGAUUCGAAACGUUACUGACUAAAUUAGUAUUUCAACUUGAAGGUGAAAUUAUGCGUGUAAAAAAAUGUAAAAAGAAAAAUAUGACGCAUGAGAACAUAACCUCAAGAGUUCGUAAAGCAAUAGACGAAUUAUUGUAGAAUAUACAGGCUGGCUGUUUGGCUCGCGUAUUUGAUAUCUAUUUUUAUAUGCCGGCCGAUGUACUUGGUGUGAAUUUUGCGUGGUCCUUUUCAACGUUUUGUUACGUACAAUUCUAUAUUGUUGGAUCGUGUAAAAUAAGGUAGGAAGAAGUACCUGCUAAAUGUAGAAAUGUUAACAGUGAGGUGAAAUGUCUCGCAGUCUGCCAGACAGAGUGGCAGGGCUGUAUUAUGCCCAUGGCCUGUUUUGCUCUUCUCACCCAAUUGCUAUAGUUUCAUUAGCCAUUUCGGUUAUUUUAUUAUGUUGCUAUCCAUUAGUAAACUUACCUAUGCCUGGGCUUGUCCCAAAAGUUGUUAUAAACAACACUGUUGAUCCCAUAAAUGGCUCAGACAGCCCAGCUUUAUAUGUACAACAGGUGGUUCUUCGAACUGCUGUUGUACCGUGGGCAGAAGAUUUAUCUCUAUCAGAUGCAUUCAGAGGGCCUUUAUUUGAAAUCUUCAAUUUAUUAGAAAUUAUUCAAAAUUAUCAAGAUACAGAGAACUUGAAAUCUUUGAGCCAAGCAUGCCUUCAUAUUGAAGCUGUGAAGAAAAGAAAUGUGAAAAAGCCUGAAGUUUUACCAGAAUACAAUUGUUUAAUUUUAUCUCCAGCUAACUUUUGGCAAAGAAGCAUUGAAGCAUUUAAUCAAGAUACAAAUAUUAUUGGUACAAUUUUUUCCUAUCAGAAUUUGCAAAAAGGAAAAAUUAGCAUGGCUGAGAUGCUUUUUGGUAUGAGUCUCAAAGAAACAGGUUUUAAAAGGUAUCCACUGAGGAUCAGACAACGAAUUUUACAGUAUGCGGUAACAAUAUUUUUAAAGGAAUAUGACCCUUUGUUUAUUAACGGUUUAAAGAAACGUCUAAUAAUGUAUUAUCCAUUACAUCAAUCAAAAGAACAAAAUGGAUCAUAUACUGUUCCUAAUGAUGAAACAAUCCACAUUCUUUAUCCCGGUGAAUUUAAUUACAACGACUUUUUUCCAUUAGCAAUGACGUUUGUUGCGUUAUUUGUUUAUGUAUAUUUCUCUGUCCGAAAAAUCGAAUUGAUUAAAUCAAAAGUAGGCAUGGCAUUCAGUGCUACUGCUACAGUUAUUGCAUCAUUAUCAAUGAGUGUGGGUGUUUGUUUUUUUUUUGGAUUAACAUUGAGUUUGAGUGGCAAGGAAGUGUUUCCAUAUUUAGUAAUUAUAGUCGGAUUGGAAAAUGUUUUGGUUCUUACUAAAAGUGUAGUAAGUACUCCUGCUCACUUGGAUGUAAAGAUUCGUAUGGCACAAGGUUUAUCAAAAGAAGGCUGGUCAAUUACAAAAAAUCUAUUAACAGAAGUUACAAUACUCACAAUUGGACUUUUUACAUUCGUACCCGCAAUUCAAGAGUUUUGUAUUUUUGCUAUAGUUGGACUUCUGAAUGAUUUUUUCCUGCAAAUGGUCCUAUUUUCAACAACUCUCGCCAUUGAUAUUCAAAGAAAAGAAAUGUCGUCUCAAAAUUCAAAAUUCCACUUACAAAAUAUAGCACCAUUAAGGAAACAACAAUUUACUACAACAAUUUCCAAUAAAAAGCCAAAUAUCUUUCGAUCAAAAUCCCACCCAAGACUUAAUGGAAUGGUGCCGACCAAUGGCCCAACAAAUGUUAUAGCUCCUAAUAACCAAAAUACGUUGACAUUAGUGAAAAUUCCAAAAAGACUAAGAUUAGUUCAUUUCUGGGCAAGAACAAGAAUUUUUCAACGAGCUUUCAUGGUGUGGAUGGUUGUUUGGAUCAGUAUGAUCAUUUAUGAUUCUGGUAUCAUUGAACACGUUAUCCAUUUGGGUGAAACAUUAAAACAAGAUGAUAUUGACAGUUACACCAUUGAAAGACCGCAAACUGUUGAUCAAUAUAUCAAUAUGAAUAUUGCAAAGCCUUUCGUAGUAUCUUCAACAACUUCUCGCUCAAAUCAACUAAGUGAAGAGAAUUUACCAUCCAACAAUUUAACCGAACAGUUAAACAAAUUACGACCUCUUGAUUUUCCGCCAUGGAAUCGGCUAUCCCUAUAUCAUUGGUCCGCAAUACUGUCAUCAUACAACAUAUCGAUGGCUGGUGAACGAGUAACUAUACUUCCGACAAUAAAACUUUCACAUGCUGUCAGUCCUGACUCUGUCAGGCAAAUAAGUAAUCCUAAUGAUGUGCAAUAUUUCCAAUGGCAAAGUUUUGCAACAGCAGCUCUCGAUCCUUUAGAUUUUUCAGAUAUGGAAAUACCAAUAAGGUCGGAAGGUCGAGGCUUCAACACUGAUGCUCCAUUCAUUCCGUCGAGUCCUAUGGAAAUAUUUCUGGCUGCAGUAUUGUGUCUAAUCAGUGUAGUUGUCGUAGCCUAUACAAUGGUUGUGUUGUAUCGUUGCAUAUGCACUCGCAACUAUGCAGAAUGGCGAGCAAGUUGGUCUUCAUCGCACGAGAAAACCGGCCAUGACUCGGCGACACAGUUGGUGCUCGAAGUAGUGCCGUUGGUUCUUGAGGGUCACGUGCAGGAAGUUGAGUGCAUUGCUGUAGAUGGUAAUACCGUAGCCAGUUCUUGUUUGGCUGGUCAUAUCCGAGUCUGGGAUUCACUUUCUGGUGAGCAGCUAGCGCACAUUGACAGACAGCUAUUCUUCAGCCGCAAACACAAUGAUAUCGUCCAGCCUAUAAAGAAUCAAGAAGAGCAGAUGUCCGAUUAUGAAAGUGGCUCUCCUCCGUCGCGAGGGGAAAUAGAUACUCCCAAUUCACCUGGGGUGUAUUCGGCGAUACCAGUGCAGAAGCGCAAGUCUUCUCCCCCAGGAGCUUACUCUGUCCCAAAUCGUCUCAAUGGAGUCAGAGUUAUGCUUCCAAGCAAACGCUACUCUACUGGAAGCAACAUGUUAGAAUAUGACUAUCAAAUCAAUGAGGCUACGGACAGACGUCGUUCGAUACGCCGUAGUCUCGAUCAAACAUUUGAUUUGCCAGACUUACGUCCUAGUAUCAACACCAAAUUUACUUCACCUAAAUUCGCAAUGAGUCCAUUGCGUCACCAAAACUACGAGCAGGGUUUCGAUUUUGGUGAGCAGUACAAACAGCUCUUCGAGGAGCAUCGCAAGAAUACACUAAGUGAUCACGUUUAUCGGACGUAUAGUAACGAACAUUUGAUUAGUGCUUCGCCGAGGUUAGAUAGAAUAAAUGACUUUACUGAUAGUGCGAAUUCAUUACACACAGAAAAGAUGUUACAAAGUACAUUUGAAGUAUCAUCUAUCUGGUGCAUGGAUUAUCAAGAAAAUCUUAUUGUAAUUGGAUGUGCAAAUGGCACUCUAGAAUUCUGGGAAGGUACCACAGGAAAAUUUAAGUGCUUAUUUGAUGAUGGAUCUGGACUUGGAAUUUCGGCUGUUAAAUUUGUUGGAAGUAAAGUAAUAGUAGCUAAAUUAAAUGGUGCAAUAGACUUUCUGCAACUUGAGAGUUACAGUGAAGGUCAACAGGUUGAUUGGGGAUUCACAUCUUAUCGUAGGACUCAUGUUCGGACGGGAAGCGCAGGAUCGCCAAUGGAUUUCAAUAAUGUUAUGCAGUCUGAAGAGGAUUUACGUUGUAUGAAGAUAGGUUCACACAGAGCCCAUCAGCAGGCUAUAACUGUUUUAGAUAGCGAAGGUGGACGUGUUUUGACAGGAAGUCAAGAUCACACACUCAAAGUAUACAGAUUGGAAGAUCAGUUACCUUUGUAUACUUUACACGGUCACUGUGGACCUAUUACUUGUCUUUUUAUUGAUAGAGUUAGCCCUAUGACUUCUGGUAGUGGGUCACAAGAUGGUUUAUUAUGUGUAUGGGAUCUUUCUACUGGUACAUGCAUGUAUAGUAUACAAGCACAUGACGGUGCAGUAGCUGCUAUUACUUGUUCGGCAUCAUACGUAAUAAGUAUUGGUGCAGAUGAAAAGCUGUGCGUUUGGGAACGAUUUCAAGGGCAUCUACUUCAUGCAAUUCCAGCACAUAGGGCGGCAUACAGUUUACAAAUAGUAAUGCUGACCCAUCAUUUACUCAUUACAAGUAAUCAGGGAUCACUUAUAGUUUGGGAUGUAAGGACUGGUGAACCAAUCCGAGAAGUAAGACUGGGCCACAAAGAUAGCUGCGUCUUUGUAAAACAAAUGAUACCUUUGCGAGAUAGCAUUGUAUGCGAUUUUGGUAGACAGCUCAGGAUAGUAAGAUUCCCGCUGGUUUCGGACAAAUUAGAUUAAAUGCGAUGAAGUGCUAUUAUAAGAAAUUAAAACAUGUGUAAUAAAUAGAAAAUAUGUUAUUUGUGUGUCGACGAAACUGAAUUGUUUAUAUUUUCUUAGAUCUUUACGAUGUCGAGGUGUAAUAAAAUAAUUAUAGAAGUUUGCUUGAACAAAUAUUUACAAGAAAAAGCAGCAGUUUUUAGUAUUGGUAUUUACAGAAGAAUCUUCUCAUAGUGAUUAUAUGUAAAAAACUAAAUUUUAUUUUAUAAUAUUAUAGUGGCGUACUAAUACUUGUAUAAAAGAACUUUUUUUAUUAAAUCCAAAUGAUUUUUAGAUUUACGGCGUAGCUGAGUUUGUACACUGAGCAUUUUUACACAUAUAUCUAGAUUUAUAUAGUUUUUACUUAUUGUAUCUUAAAUAUUUAGUUUUCUCAAAUAUAAAGGCUGUGCGAUGACUCAAUUCUAAGGCACAUUUCGAACGUUAUACGGCAUAACUAAAUAAUUAGAAAAUUGAUUUCUCCUAAAUAAUUAUUAGUUUCAAAUGAAAGCUUAUGUUUAUAUAGUCUUUGAUUUUGCAUUUAACGAAUGGAUUAACAGAUUGUAGAAAAAUGUCAAUCAAAAUUCAAUAAAUUGACUAUUUUUUAAAGCCUGUCUUUUAUAUUGUUGGCAUGAUAAGUGUAAUUUAAUUUUUUUGAACAUCUCAGUCACAAAAAUUAUCUAAAAACAAAAUCUGUUAAAUGUUAUAAUAUUUUUGUAAGUAUGUAUGUAAAUUUUUAUAAAAUGUAAAACAAUUGAAUCUAGUAUGUACAGUGAUGA